GAAAAUAUGCCAAAUACCAGACGACGUCGAUUUUCCGUUCAACGAGAUAUUGCUGGACGGAACCAAAAUAAAAUCCAAAAUGGCCAGCAAUCCAGUCGUUCCGAUGCUGACGUUGAACUGGAAAUGGCAGUUCAAACCUUAAACCUAGCUGCAAAAUCAAAUAAAAUUAAAAACAAGAUCAAUCCAACCAUAAGUAAACUAACUCCUCUUGAAAUGGUCGCUGAGUGUGAUAGCUCAAUAUCACUUUUUAAAAAUGUCUCUAUUAACCAGGAUAAAAACGUAGGAGCCAGUUCCAGCAACAUAGAUCUGUACGCCAUGAUAAGUGCUGUUGAAACAAGUGAUACAAGAGAUGUUGUAGAAACAAGUGUUGCAAGUGAAGCACGAGAUACUGCAGAUUCACGCAAAGAUCCGAAACAAACUGUUUCCGAUGUACCUCGUAGAGAAAAACAUCCUCGUCAUCACCGAGUAAAAGUUAGGAGCCCCAAACGUCGUAUGAUAAUUGCCGAACAUCUUAAAACUGAGACAGAGGAAAACAAAGUUUCUCAAGGAACAAAUCCGAUAGAUUUUGACCAGGAAUUGGAGGUGUAUAUAGAUCAUGUGAACGUGUCUAAUACUGAACCGACUGGAGAGGAGAGAGUGAGUAACCACUCGAUGGACCAUAUGUGUAGAAUUUGCCAUGGUGGGGAGGCAUUGUCUCCGGAUCUCGGGCAGUUAGUAUCAGCUUGUUCUUGCCGCGGUACAGUCGGUCGCGUUCAUGUGAAGUGUCUAGAAAGGUGGCUAACUGAAUCUGGGAAGUCGAGAUGUGAAUUGUGCGGCACUCGCUACGUGACUAGAAGAGUACACAGAUACGGUGUUCCAAGAGCUUUGGUUAUGUGGAUCCUCAGUCAAAAUGCUAAACAGAUGGUGGAUAGCUUGGGCAUAAUGUUGAUGUCUCCUCUCGCGGUGCUGGCAGCUUGGUUAUCAGGCCGUACGUUAGCAGGUCUGAUGACCCAGGAUAUCCACGUGACUCCUUGGCCACUAGCUUCCACCUUUGUGUUGGCUUGCAUGACACUUGUUUGUUACUAUUGCUGGAUAGUGUCAGCAGCGACCCGACACGCUCUUGGCUGGUGGAUAUGGUACCGUUCCCAGUACGAAGUGCGCCUCCAAUUACAAGAAAACAAUGAAUAAUAGAUAUAUUGCCACUUCAUUUACUCAAGAAUCAUGUUCCAUCUUGGUUAGUCAUUAUUCAUUGCCCUUUUUUAAAUUGUCGGAAAUCAUGUUAAAACUCUCAAUAAAUUCUUAUUUAAGACGGUUUUUUAUAAUUUAUUACAAUAUUAUCGUUAUAACCAGUAAGAGGAAUAAAGAGUUA